AUGACGCAGCUCGCGAACCUCGCGCCGGGCCACCGCGAAACGAGACCGCACGUCCUCGCGGAGGCGCAGGUCCGAAGGGACGCGAACGACCGCGCGCGCGUCGCCUUCAACGCGCGCGCGGAGAAGGCGAAGGAGAGAACUACCGCGGAAGACGCGAAAUGCGACGACGGACGAGACGCAGACGCGGCGCGACGACCGCGGCGGCAGCGCGCGAGCACGUCCAAUCCGAACGACGCGGGCGCCCUCCCGGGCGUACGGGAGACGACCGACGACGACGUCGCGGGCGCCGCACAUCUCGCGGUCGCGUCCACGCUCGCCGCGAAGGGCCGCGUCGCGGAGGCGGAGUGCGUCCUGUUCAACGUCCUUCGCGCGCGCCCGAACGACGCGGGCGCGCGAUGGCUGCUGCGUCAGAUCCGCGAACCGAGCGGCGCGGUCCCGGGGAGGGGGCCGCCGAAGACGAAGGCGACGCCGAAACCGCCGCAACCCGAGCCGGAGGUGCCGCUCGAGGAGCUCUUCGCGCGGUUGAAGGGCGCGCCGGAGCCGCCGGGAGGCCGUCGAGUCGCAGAGCUGAUGAAACGUCUCGACCGCGAGAUGGGCGAGCGUGAGACGCCGAUGCUCGUCGGCGUCGGGCCCGCGCCGCGGAUGGACCUCGGGCCCGUGCGCGGCCGCCCCGCGGCGGGCGCGAGCGUCGUGACGCUGAGCGACCUCGACGACGAGCUCGCGAAGAAGAAAGCGCGGCUGGCGGAGGAGCGGCGGCGGGACAUGGAGUUCGACGCGCGCGUGGCCGCGGAUGAACGCGCGGCGAUCGCGAGGGAGGACGCCGCCGCCGCCGACGCCAAACGGCGCGCGACGCGGGAGCAAAAGUUUGGCCUCGACGCGCAGCAGAGGGUGGACCGCGAGCGGCGCGAUCAGCUCUGGGCGGAGGAGAAGAGGAAGGGGCUGGAGGCGACACGCGGGGGGCGGGAGUCUUCUGAGAAGACUGAGGUUGGCAGAGGGAGCGUCGCCGUCAUCGGCGGGGAGGAGAUGGCGCCGCGGGGGAAAAAGACGCGCGAGCCGCCGAAGCGGAGGGCGCUCGCGCCGUUCGCGUUCAGGCGGUAG